AUGGAGAAGACAAAAAUACCACCAGUUAUACAACGUUCAAUUCGUCCAUAUCAUCGUGGUAACGGGCCGCUGCGCGGUGGUGGUAUGACAGCUAUGUAUGGCGUUUCGCCAAAUAUGAAGAAUUAUAAGAGGAAACUGGAUAAUCGUCUUGGCUACUGUAUAUUUGCCUGCCAAAUUACAAUCGCUACUAUAUUGGUUGUUUAUGGAUUAAUUCAUCAAUAUACUCAUGAUGAACUUGUUAAUUAUAUUAUUACUACAAAAGAAAUUAUUAUCAACUCUAUGCCAACAAUAGAACCUACACAAGAGCAGAAGGAACCGAUGCAACUGAUUGAAAUUAGUAGUAAUUUUACUGAUACGAGUUUCUCUGCUAACGAACAGUCAUUGGUUGAACCAGAAUCAUGUCUUGGUGCAAUAGAUGUUGAUACAGAGAAGUGUCUCACAGUAGAUGAACUGCAAGAAGAUUACGAUAUGUUGCAUGGAUCAAAUAUUACUCUAUGGAAUCUUGCAACGCUGAAUAUUAUCGUCGCAUUAUUUCUUAUAACUGUCACCUGUGUCUUUGCAAACGGUAUUGUUAAAGGCACUGCUGUCAAAAUGUUUUAUCGAGUCACAUUAUUUAUGGCCUUGUUUUUUAUGCUUAUUCAGUUAAUAUACCUCAUUAAUCCGCUAUUUACAAGUGCUUUCCAAUAUUCACCAUUGGUUGAUAAAUUAUUAAUUAAAAAAUUACCCAGGGACCGUAAUGCGAUGCUCGAAAUCGAAUCGCAUUUCGCUUGUCAAUUCGAUACGAUCGAUAAACUGGUUGAAAUGGGUUUGGAGGCAAUUUAUAGCGUUGUUUUGCUAAUUGCUAUCGAUUUAAUUCCGUUCAGUUUCGUACUUUUUACAUAUGCUUGGGAUGCUUGCCUCAAGGAAUCACAUUUAAUAAAUAAUGCAAGGCGACGAAUUGAGUUGAAUAAUCAGCGAAGGAGCAUCUUGGGUUCCACCCUAUCUCUUGAUCGAAGAAAACCAGUCACGAAAUCUAAGUGGCACUCAUCUUCUUCUAAGUGA